UCGGUAUUUGUGUAUGCCAAGCGAAAAGGUUUGCCCCCCCAGCCACCGUAGGCUACGUCAGAAAUACGUACUGUCAGCUAUCUCACAGCUAGCUACUUGUCAAGACAACAUGGCAUUUACUUUGUAUUCUCUCAUUCAGGCAGCAAUUCUGUGUGUCAAUGCUGUCGCUGUGUUGCACGAAGAAAGAUUUCUCAGUAAAAUUGGCUGGGGAGUGGACCAAAGUGUCGGAGGAUUUGGAGAUGAACCAGGUGUCAGAGUGCAGCUGAUGAACCUUGUCCGUUCUGUGAGGACAGUGAUGAGAGUGCCUCUGAUCGCAGUCAAUUCAGUCUGCAUCGUGCUGCUGCUUCUGUUUGGAUGAAGUGAAGUGACAGAAGAUGUCAUGAGAACAUCUCCAUCAUCUCAGGAACCCUUCUGAAGAACUGUUUAAACUCUCUGACACACAGAAUGUCUCCUGUCAGCUUGAGUAUGAAUGUUGUCAAUUGAUAUUCCACAUCAAGACAUGGGACAUUUAUUAAGGCUUGUUUUAUACAGCACAGUAAUUCAAAAUAAGUAAAUGCAGCUAUUUAGAAUGGUUAACUUCCCUCUUUUUUGAAUAGUAUAAUAAAAUAGUAAUAAAAUUACACUUCACUGUUUUUUUUUGGGGGGGGGGCAUUUAUAAGCAAUACAUGUUCUUACACUUAAAAUAUAUCAGUGAAGAACAACUAUAACUAAUGUGAUGGAGUGACUGACUGGAAAAUGUUUGUAAAUAUGUGCUACGGGGUUUUGUUUUAGAAAUGAUUGUGAAUGAAGAGUUUUUAAACAUU